GUGUGACCAGCAUCAAAAUAGUCAGCCGACUGGCUAGCUGUAUCAUUCUCAGGUUAGCCAACAACAAGCGAAAAAGUAAAGCCAGAGCAGCGACAGAUAUUAGCGUUAUACGUUAACUUUUACCUUAGAAUAAAAAAACACCUUUUCCGGAGUAACAGGGUAGCAGGACAGCGGGAUUCGAUCUUCCAAGGGUACAUCGAUUUUGUCUCAUUUGGCCACAUCAACUUAUCUAUACCAUGGAGCUUCCUCAUCUGGGCGAGCACUGUACAGAAAAUACCUGCAAGCGCUUAGAUUUUCUUCCGAUGAAAUGUGACGCCUGUGAGGACAUUUUCUGUAAAGACCACAUAACUUAUGCAAACCACAAAUGCACUUCGGCUUACAUGAAGGAUAUCCAGGUCCCUGUGUGUCCCUUGUGCAACAUUCCCAUUCCCAUCAAACGAGGAGAAAUGCCCGACAUCAGAGUCGGAGAACACAUCGAUCGGGACUGCAAGUCGGAUCCUGCUCAGCGAAAAAGAAAGAUCUUCACAAAUAAGUGUUCACGCGGGGGCUGUAAGCAGAAGGAGAUGAUCCGUGUGACGUGCGACCAGUGCCACCUCAACUACUGUCUUAAACACCGGCACCCGCUAGACCAUGACUGUAAAACAGACGGAAAGCCGUCCUCCAAAUCUGGGAAUGCUGCUUUAUCGAGGGCCCAAGGGGUCCCCUCCCACUCUGCCUCCGGCUCCAGCUCCUCCAGUCAGGGUCUCUCCAGGCCUGCCUCGUACAGUGCCAGCACAGCCUCCGCCCGGAGCAACAACAGUGGCAGUGCAUCCCGACGAAUUCCCACGUCAGUGUCCGCCCCUUCAGCACAGAAUGUAAUUCCAGCCUCGGCUUCCUUCCAGGCGGGCCUGACGGAGGAACAGGCCUUACAGAGGGCACUGGAGAUGUCCCUGGCCGAGUCGAGACCAGCACCUAGCCUCAGCCCCCAGGAGCAGGAGGAUCAGGCCCUGGCUCAGGCUCUGGCCGCCAGCCAAGAAGAAUUCCGGCGCCAGCAGCAGAGACAGCAGGUACCCCGAAAGCUUAGCCGCCGCUAGCAUGCUAACAGGAGCCCGCCUAGGUGAGAGAAACCAAAAACUCGACCUGCAGUCUAUCAUAAAGCUGGAUUCCUGCUGUCACCCUUGUCCUACACAUGACAAAAUGGGACACAGAGAUUCAGCAGAAGAGCGUUAUUGCUAUUCUUAACUGAUGACAGAAAUUCUUGAAAAUUGCCGAUAUUACCGCCUUCCAAUAUAAGCACAUACUGCACCAUCAGGAUAUGUCAUUUUUACAAAUGAGUUGCUCUGUACAUAUUUUAUAUGCUAAUCAUGUAACAAAAUAUCCACAAAUGAAGAAUAAAUUAUUUUAAAGAGUCACGUUUGGCUUGCUAUCUAAUCAUCUUUGGGUAUUUUAAUCCAUCCUUCUUACUUUCUUACUAUUCUUACUAAAUAGCCACACUGGGAAAGGGAGACAGUAUAUCAGACCUUGUGUGACCAUCCAUGAUAUCAUAUUUACGUUAGUUAUAUUUAUAAUGAAAUUACACCAAAAACAAGUGCAAGGAAGCUGUGGAUAAGAGUCACAAAAGAGUCUACAGAGGAAAAAAUACCACCGCUGACAAAUCGCUUGUGUUGGAGCACAUACCCGUUUUAUACACUAGAGGGCAGUAAAACAUUGAGUAAAGUACCUCAUCGCAAUGUCGUAUUUCUGACAAAAAAUAGGUCUACCGUAUAACACCUAGGCUGCUCAUAAUCGGGCAAAAUGUGGGCUUUUCCCUUCGCUCUGCUUUAAUUAUUCCACAAAUAUUAGCAACUAAAUCCGUGAAAGAAAAGUGUGUGGUUUGAUAAUACAUUGG